AUGCUACGAUCAACAAGGAUACUAAGUACGAGACCCAUAGCUGCCACUAAGCUUUUAAAUCCAAAUAAAAAAUACUCAAUAAUAAUAGAUCAACAAUCACAACUUCCUCAAAAACCAAAAUUAUCACAAUUUAAAUAUGCAAUAUUUAAUACAUUGGUAAUUUCUUUGGGAUCAUAUUUAGGAUUACAUAUUAUAUGGACAAAUUUAGAAUAUAAAGAUGUUGAAAAGAAAUUAAUUGAAAAAUCUGACAAAUUAGAAAAUGAAAUUAAAGAUUUAAUUGAAUUGAAAAAUCAAGAAGUUGUUAAACUGAAAGAAAAUAGUUGGAAAUCUUGGUUUAGAUUUUGGUGA